UUUUUAUUUGAAUGCUAAACUUUCUCUUUAAUAUGGUUAUUACUGUCACUCUGACAAAAUACUACGUGUGUUAUGAGGGUAUGGAUGCCCAUGUUGCGUACGGUUUUGUACAUUUACACAAUGAAAAACCUUACCUUGCUGAAGGUCCCAUUUCUAAUAAGAUGAUAUACACCAUGCAGCAGUUAUCCAGGUUUAAGGUCUUUGAAGAACAUCAUUUAAAUUGGGAGCAAAUCCCAGUCCCAUCAAGUUUGUCUUAUCUCUGUCUCAUACAUAAGAAUUAAGAUUGUUUCUAUUUGCAUCACAUGAGGUUAGUUAAUCUAAAUUUUUUUAUUUUAACUUCAUGGUUUGGCAGCUCCACCAUUGAAAUUUAUUGAUUUGCCCGGGGUAGAUAAGAGAAAUGUUGAUGAUUUAGUGGCGAGUACCUUCUUAACAAGAUUCAAUUUCACAGGCACCCGAAGUUGCAUCAGCCAAAGCUAUUACAAUUGUAAAGGAACUAGAUGGAGAAUACAGUUUGCUAUCCUAUUUUGUCUUAUUCAUGAAAUUAAGAGGGGGGGAAAAUAGAAACAUUGUCUGCCAUUGUGUCAAAUUUUAUUAUGUGUUUGAGUAACUUAUAUUUAACUUUUAAAUAGCUACAAGAACUGUUGGAUUUAUCCGAUCUGCACUAACCUUUUUAUUAUGUGUUUGAGUAGCUUAUAUUU